GAUAAUGCUAGAGCACUGGUCCAGUUGUCUUGGAAAGGAGAAGCAAGCAAAUCGUUUUUAUUUACAGGCUAGUGAGACUGCAUUGUGAAUAAUUCAUAUGGAAGAAGUCUCAAGAAUAGAGGAACAGCUUUAAAAGAGGAUAUAGCAGCUUCUCUGAGCUAGAGACGUGAAACUACCUGGUGGUAGACCUGCCUCUGGAUAAAGACUGGAACAGCAGGCAAAUGGCGAAGGGUAAAAGGAAAUCAAAUGAACCCAAAGGGCGAAAAAUCACGCUUAAGAUGGCCAAGAAUGCCGUGAAGCUGACGAUGGAUGGCAAGCGCCGUUUAGAGCUCAGCAACAUGGCGAUCACUACUUUCCCUAAGUGUAUCCUCAAACUAUGUGAUGUGGAUGAACUGGACCUGAGCCGCAACAUGAUUAAGAAGAUUCCGGACAUAAUUAAUAAGUUUGUCAACCUGCGCCUGCUAGACCUGCAUAGCAACCAUCUGGAGCAGCUCCCAGAGACCAUUGGUCACCUACAGAAGCUCCAGAACCUCAACGUGUGCAACAACAUGCUAACGACCUACGGGAUCCCACAUACACUCGGCCUCCUUAGGAACCUGAAGAAACUCAACCUGGGCAUGAACCGCAUUGAGACGGUUCCACAUUUCAUUGCAGGACUGAAGGAGCUCUGCGAGCUUGGGCUCUUUAACAAUCUUCUGACUCAAAUACCGCUGUGGCUCCAGAAAUUGCCCAACCUUCACAUGCUCAAUGUCAAGUGCAACCCGUUACCUUUAGAAAAUCCGCCGAAACUGGACCCUAUUCAAAGGGUAGAAUGCCUCUACUUGGUCAGGGAGGAUUGCCUUUGUAGUGAAUGCCUCAAGAAGUAUAAAGAAGAGAGAGACAGGCUGGACAAAAGGCUUAGUGGAAGCUCAGUACAGAGAAAAACCAUCAUUGCUGCAUUAAUUACGACUAAUUCCACAGAGCAGGGUGAUGAAGCAGUGUGCAGAUAAAGGCAAUGUGUGAACCAGAAAAACUGUGCUCCGAUUUAUGUGAAGAAUAAAAAUGCAUGCUGAAUA